AUGAUCAGAUUAUGGAGUGUGGUAAUUAUUGUUGCUGUUUUAGCUUCUGCUGCUGCUGCUGCUGCAUCAAAAGGACAAGGUGAUGAUAAAAUCUCUGCGAAUCCGUGGAUCGUUCCCUUCAUAUUAUCUUAUGAUCAUGACAGUUUGAUUCCUGUGAAAGAAGCAUGCUGCCAUAAAAUGUGUUUUCUUCAGUGUGAGAAAUGUGGAAUGACUGUGGAUGUGGAGUCAACAGAGUGUAAUGAUACUUGUAUGGCUAGUUGCUUGGAUGGUGUUUUCAAAUGCCCUCCUAUAAUAUGA